AUGUCGGACAUUUCAACUCCCAAGACCAACGCCUGGACUGAUGAGGCCAAGGCAAGUUGUCCUUACAUCUCUCGUUCAUCUAAUGAGCUUCUUCUACGCAUCAUCGCUCAGCUGAAGCCCGAGGGCAAGUCCAUCAACUGGAACGAGAUCACCAUGGAAGGCCGCACCAUGAAGAGCCUCCAGAAUCAGUGGACCGCUUUCAACAAGAAAAUCGAUGCUCUCAAGCAACAGGCCGCCGAUGCUCCUUCGCCUUCUGCAAAGAAGACUCCUGGUCGCAAGCGCGGUCCCAAGCCCAAGACCCCCAAGAUGGUCGGGUCCGAUGACGAUGACGAUGACUAUGGAAGUCCCAAGAAGUCUACCCCCCGCAAGCGCCGAGCUCCCAAAGCCGAAAUUGAUGAUGAGGCUUCUACCAAAGCCAUCAAGAUGGAACUCAACGAAACUAUCAAGGCAGAGGACGGAGAAUUCGACUAUGAAGUCUAA